CAGGUGCACCACCGGUGCUCCCCACUGUGCAAUCUUGCUGCGUGUCAUCCGUGCGCCGCUCGUUGUUAUCAGCGUCGUUCCUCCGCCCUUCUUUGUUGCUGGAGGGCGACUGCCUCCAAAUGCCUAGUAGCGUCCUUCACAAACCUAAAAAUAUAACCCACGCCGACACAGAAGACGCACACAAAAAAAUCGGCGUGCAAAACAGCACGCCAAUUACCACGGCACCACAAACAGCACGAAUUCGCCUAUUAGCGUGCAGUCUGACCUGCUUGAAGGCACUCAUGUUAUUAAAAUUAAACGCAUACCAAGUAGUAUACUGAUGGGCGUGCUGUUAUUACAGCACGCCCAUUAGUACGUGCAAAAUAAGUUCAACGUACAUACAAUGUGUACAUUAGGCUGUUGGUGGAAAGGUUUGUCGGAGGGAUUCCCUUGAAUUUCGUGGUCAGAUUUUUGUUUAUAUAUAUUGAGUAACUCGUGUAGAUUACACACCAAUUUGGAACAAUCGUAGAGCGAGCAGGUGCAUCAUCCUAUGCCAGAGAAAUAACCAGUUCUAAGUAUUACAACACAUAUAGUGUGGUAGAGUAAGAGGCAUUCUCAUGUCCACGUGGCUCAUCUGUUGAGCUGCAGACAGUAGCAGCAGCAGGGCCUCGAGAGUUGGGCUCCCAUCUGAACCUCAACCUCACCGUGGCUGAUGACAUCACUUCUGUCAGCACCAGGGCAAACAAUAAGGCAUUUUUACUCCACGUAGCUCUUAGCCCACCCUACUUCUGAGAUCCCUUCAAGUGACCUGUUUUUUUUUAUCUGCGCACUAUGGGAGGCACUACAAACAUAAUUUCGGACAAUGGAGUUUGCUGCAGCCAUAGGGUGAGCAGGGCGAGGGCCAAGGUUUAUUGGCAGGGAUGACGCGAGAUCACAGACUGCCUUCAUUGCCUUCGUCCACGUUCGAUUAGCACGGUUGAUUACGUAGGGUGCGAGAGAAGUUCAACAUACAUACAUGUAGGACCUGUUUGGUUUACGGAAUACAGUUUUAGCACCUAAACGGACACACACUUUUCAGAUAUUCAACUUGUGAAGGUUAAAUGGAAAUAACUACUACCGCAAAUACUCCAUACGGGCCGAUGAUACGUCGAUUAACUCUUAGUACUUGCCUGGCACCCAACGUCUACUGCUCAACACGAGCGUCGUUGGCUAGAAAGUUGCUCGGAUGCUCACGCCUCCGUUGGAGCUGUUCCACCCCGGUUGUAUUUGUUGUCGCCCUGUUGCGACUUCUUUCUGCAAUGCAUUUCGCUCGUCUUUACACGCGGUGGACACGAAAAAUCGCUGCUGCUUCUUCCGAUGUGCAGUUGUGCAAGGGCAGCCAUCGUCUUCGGUCACAUGAUACAUCUGCCAUACACCAGCAAAGUCUGGAGAUAACUAAAUAGUCUGUUCUCCGAUAACGCGUGUUGUUUUCACAACGCCAAUUGGAUAUAAUGCGAUGAUGAACGUAGGAGGGAUCACAUGUUUAUUAUAAUGCGGAUGCGAAUUGUACAUAACGUGAUCGAGUGAACUUGGCGACGUCGCACGAGUAGAAUUAAGCGGUUGUACGGCUGCCUCGGCGUAGCAUCACAAAAUGCGGGAUGCUGCUGGAUGCUUCUAGAUGCUACCCACACGGCUCCGUCUUUGUUCAGCCUGCGUACGCAUCUCGCGUGUUACCGCGGACUGUGCUUUACCCGAUAUUGUAUAUUAUUGAUAAUAACGCGAUUUUUCCAUAACCUAGUGUUCUUCAGGGACGCGACUCAUUGUACUUUAAUUUCUUAAAUUUCUUAAUUUUCUUACCAAUAUCUUAACAAUAUAGGUUACUCGAUCAUUGAGUCUGUGUAUUGUAGAACUCUGAGGUUAUCACCGAGCACCAGUGCGUAAUUUUCACACCCAAGUGUGUUUCGGAUGAAACUGCUUGGGUAUAACACAGUCUGGUAGUUUGUUGAAGAAAAUUGGUCUGCAUAUGCAACCGUUGUUUUUCUGCUCGUAAGUGGCAAAACUGCGACUUCAAAAUGACAAUAUAUUUAUUGCACCCACACACUUUAAAUUCUAAUAAACAAGCAUCAAGCUGACAAUAAAGAACAGCAUCAAUGUGUUAACAAUAUCAUAUUUGGGUCAUAUGAAGAAUAUUGUUGUCAACAAAGUUCAUUUUUCCUGAGGUUCAUGUUAAGGUAUUUUAAGGAUAGGAAGGCAAAUGUGACUUCUAUCAGUGAAGCGACGCAAGGUGAAAACAUUAAAAUUGCAGUUGUGACCAACACCCAACCUGCCAUUUGAUAUCCUCUCGGUUAAAUGCACGGGCCACACCUAUGAAAUUGGCCCAAUUAGGCAGCAGUUUGCACUGCCCAACCGUGGAAAAGAUUAUAUUGUGCACAAAACAAAAUCUAGCAUCACUUUGCUGUCCGGACAGAAGAAAAAAAAUCGACAUUUUGAACUCUACAAAGUGACCGUACCGAGAAUAAUUCGACUCGUAUAAGCGAGAUAUCUAGACUAAUAAAGCUAGGUUGUGUAUCGUAAAACUCGCUUUCCGAACAGUCACGAGUGUGUCAAAACACCCCUACGUAACUAAAUCCCAAGGUGAGAUUCGACUUCUCCAUCGCAUCGCGUCGACUUACAACAGCAACAACAACAACAUCGUCGGCUGGCCAAGCGGUUCGAUCCGCGCCAAAAAAAAAAAAUCUGCGACUGCGUAGAAGCCAGGAGGAGUCGGAGGAGGAAGGAGGCAUGAGGAGCCAGACGCGCCUGCUCUGCAUGCUGUGCCUCACGCUCGCCUUCUUCGUCGUGGAGGUGGUGGUGAGCCGCGUGAGCGAGUCGCUCGCCAUGCUCUCCGACUCGCUGCACAUGCUCUCGGACGUGAUCGCCCUCGGCGUGGCCCUGCUCGCCGUGCGCCUGGCGAGCCGCACGCGCCCCACGCGCCGCAACUCGUUCGGCUGGGCGCGCGCCGAGGUGGCGGGCGCCCUCGUCAACUCGGUCUUCCUCGUGGCGCUCUGCUUCACCAUCGUCCUGGAGGCCCUCGGACGGUUCGCGGCGCCGCGGACCGUCGAGCGGCCCCUGCUCGUGGUCGUCGUCGGCGCCGUGGGCCUCCUCGUCAACCUGGUGGGGCUGUGCCUCUUCCAGGGCCACGGACACAGCCACGGGGAGGCCUCCGCGGAGGGAGGCCCUCGCCCCGGGGCCGCGUGUGGCGGUGCGUGCCCAGGUGCGGGAACGCAUGGCGACCGCUCGGGACCACCGUCUAUUGAGAUGGAGGACCUUGCCAGGGUCCGGCCGUUGUGCGGCUCAGGAGGGUGCGCGGCAGCGGAGGCGAUGGAGGAGGAGGCGAUGGAGGAGGAGGAGGAGGAAGAGGAGGUGGAGGCGACGGGCUCGCAGAUGAACAUGCAUGGCGUGUUCCUGCACGUGCUCGGCGACGCGCUGGGCUCCGUGGUGGUGGUAGUCAACGCCCUCGUCUACUCCCACUUCGAGGGCUCGUGCGUGCAGGAGGCUCACGAUGACGGCGAGGGGCCCGCGCGCCACCACCGCCACCACCGCCGGUGCUGGGUCCACUACCUGGACCCGAGCCUGUGCCUGCUGAUCGUGGCCAUCCUCCUGAGCACGGCGGUGCCGCUGCUGCGCGACUCUGCGCUCAUACUCAUGCAGGCGGCGCCGGGGCACAUAGACCUGCGGCGGUUGCGCGAGGGCCUGGUGCGUCUCGACGGUGUCCUCGCCGUGCAGGACAUGCGCGUGUGGCAGCUGGCGGGCAGCCGCCUGGUGGGCACGGCCAGCGUGGCCUGCGCGGAGCCCGCCGACUGCCGGAGCAUCGUCCGCGCGGUCCGGAGGUACUUCCGUCAGGCCGGCAUCGGACACGCGACCGUUCAGACGGAGGUUGUCAGCCGCAACCACCCCCUGGCUGUGGCCCGCCAAUGCAGUUAGAGACACGAGCUGUCUGUGUUUGGUCCCAUGCAGGGGCGGGGGGGGGCAGGUGGUGAGGAAGAAUGUUCAAGCGCCACCUCUAUAACUACUUAAUUUAAAGCCCAAUUCUCAAAGCUGAAUAAUUGCAACACUCAUUAAUUGGCCGACAAUAAACUAAACUAUAAACUAAUGUGAGUUAUAUAGCUCUUUUUCACAUGUGGAAAUGUACAACAGUGGU